UCUAUUUAUAUAAAUACUGGCCAUCGGUCCGAACAAUGAACUUUAUCUCAAUGUAGUUAGCCGAUGAUCAAGGGUACACGAGAAUAGAGAGGCUAUUAAUAAUUGCAGGCUAUCUCAACGUGUGACUCAGUGUGAGCUUGUGCUCGUUAUCGCGAAUUGAAGUAGGAAGAUGGUAGAAAAGGAGGAGUCGGAGGUCGCGUCGACUAACGUUACGGUCUAUCUUUACAUCCUAUCCUGGCUAAUGGUCGUCUCAGGAGCCGCUAAUACGUCAUGUGACGGUUUAGAUGGAAUAUACGGCGAUACGAUGAACAAGUGGAUUGAGACAACGGUCAAUCAAAGGAUGAACAGAUGGCUCGAUCGGCGGAUUCGUGGGCAGCAAUCUCUGAUCCCGUCUAGAGGCGAACGCGAAGCUUUGGUUAACCGAAUGGCAACGCCCGCUCCGGAUCGUCUGUACCAAUUAACACCGACCGUGCUCACGAGCACACCGACGUAACCAAUAAACCCAUCCUCGCAUAAAAUUCGUACCGAUGUCAUUAAUCUCAAUACCGACGAGCCGAGUAAUUAACACAGCCACCAAGGCCGGUGUACACUACCGCUCAAAAUUUACUCAAGAAUUUCAAUUAAAAAUGAACCAGUUAUUAAAAGCUUCAUUAAAGAAUGGGAGAUCAUUCCGUAUUUUCGCGUUAUUAAUUCUACCUAAAGUAUGCGUAAAGGGGAUGAUAAUAAAUCUUGUUUCUCUAAUAACUUUCAUGAAAACGGUUGCACGGGAUGAUGAUCGAACGAAACCCGAGAUAUGAGAAAAAUAGGUAUCGAAUCACGAAUUUCCAUCCCCAGUGAAUAAGUACGGAUUCGGUAUCCACGGAAUCCUAGCAAGUGCCUCGUCGAAAAUAAUAAUAUAUCCCCUGCGGUCCAGGGGUAAAUAUAAUUUCACUCUGACUACCGCGGCUUUCCCGGAACUUUUCUGAUUUACCGGCUCUUAUUCCGUCUCGAUGGGACCCGUGUUUCGCGAAUUACUCCGAUCUCGAUGACAUUCCGCCUUCACUAUUUCCCUUAUCCCCGUCAAUAACUUCUGGAUGGCCUCUCAAGGAUAAAUCGUUCUUAUACAAUUUAUUAUCCUUUUUAUUCACUCGCAUUAAUUUAAUUUGAAACUGGGAAAAGAACGAGUGAAACUGCAAGAACAGUGCCGUUUCUAAUAGUGAGAUCAGAGUGGUGGAUCACUUAGCGAGAAGAUCGAUCUGAGACACCGGUUUGAAAGCAGGCCGGGUAAAAUUGAUUUAGAGCCGGCGGUAUCCGGUAGGGCGCCGAUAAAUCAGCGCGGAAAGCAAUUUAAACCUCGGAGAGAGAAGGAGGGUCCGAUGAUCGUAACCCCGGCGCAAUAGCGCAAGGAUUCCCGGCGUUGGCAUAAGUUUUCAUUUGCACCGGCUCGCUAACGAAGUCUUCGACGAUAAAUUUGCCAGAGCUUUUCCGCGACGGGUAAUCCCCACAACGAGGAUCGACCGCCUUCCUACACGAAUUAAGACGAAUCUACCAUCGUUCGAAGUCGCUUUCCACCGAUUUUCCCCGAUAAAUCCGAGAAAAGUGAACGGCGAUACUUUCGCACUCGCCCAGAUUUACCAUCGCUUGAGUUAGUUGAGACGAACGGGAGUCAAUGAAGCGAUUUUCAACGUGUUCAUAAUUUCAUUGGAUUAAACGAACAAACACAUGAAACUUGUUAGAGAGAAUCGUCGUUGUAAUUUCAUUGGAUUCUUUCUAUACAAGACUUGGUACAAUUUGCGUAAAAUCUAGCCCUUUUGCACUCGAGGCCUCUUGCGCUCGGGCGAACCAGCAACGGCUAUUUAGAGAA